AUGGCUCUGAUUUCGUCACUAGCGACCCGCUUCCGUGGUUGGAGCCUGACCAUCCGAUCGCUCCUCCACAGGGCCGCUCGAAGCCUUGUUCUGGGCAGACUCGCAACCUUUUCUUCGGGCCUGCUGUGCAUACAAGACCCGUAUGGCUCUGAAAUCGCCGUCGUUGGUAACGCAAAGGCACACCAUUUCCAGGCCCCUGCGAUCCUGGUCGUCCACGAUGACGUCUUCUGGAUGCGGGCGCUCUUAUUUGGCGAUAUUGGCUUUUCCCAGAGCUACAUGCUACGGGAGAUUUCCACGCCGAAUCUCACCGCCGUCUUCGAGUUCUUCGUGCAGAAUGCCUCGAAGAAGAGCAUCCUCGCCAGCUGGCGCGUGGUCGGCCUCUUCAGCGCCAUGACGCGCGCCAUCUUCAGGCGCGCCAACGACAUAUCCGCGGCCAAGCUCAACGCCGUCGCGCACUACUCGUUGGGCAACGACAUGUUCUCGGCCUUUUUGAGCCCCGACAUGACGUACUCGGCCGCGCUGUGGCUACCGACCACAGAUCCCCGCUCGCAGGGCGAGACGCUGGAGGAGGCGCAGAUGCGGAAGCUUCAGUACGCCAUCUCGUCGGCGCGCAUCAAGUCGACGGACCACGUUUUGGAGGUCGGCAGCGGCUGGGGCAGCUUUGCCAUUCUCGCCGCCAAGAUGACAGGAUGUCGAGUGACGACCGUGACUCUGAGUCUGGCGCAGAAGCGGCUGGUCGAGAGUAGGGUCGCCGAAGCCAAGCUCUCCGAGCACGUUCAAGUGUUUCUCGGGGAUUAUCGCGAGGUCGGAUCUCUCAAUACCACCUUUGACAAGAUUGUCAGCAUAGAAAUGAUCGAGCAUGUGGGCCACGAGUUCCUAGACACGUACUUUGCAUGCAUGGACCGCUACCUGAAGAAUGAUGGCGUAGGAUACUUCCAGUGCAUCACGAUUCCCGAGGCGCGGUACGAUGCGUACGUCAAGGGCGAGGACUUUAUACAGAAGUACAUCUUUCCCGGUGGUCAUCUGCCGACGGUCAGCGGCCUGGUCCAUAGCAUCAACGUGGGAUCCGAGGGAAAGAUUGUGGUCGAGGAGAUACUGUCCUUUGGGGGGCACUACAUCAAAACUCUGCAGUGCUGGAGGGACAAUUUCCUCACCAACUUUAACGAGAUGAUUGCUCCGGCGUUGCGGAAAGAGCACCCGCACAUGACGGACGCAGAUUUGGAUAUUUUCAAGCGCAAGUGGAAUUAUUACUUUUGCUACUGCGAGGCGGGUUUCAGGACCAAGACCAUUGGCGAUGUCGGCAUCACAGUCGGCAGGGAGGGUGCAGUUGAGCUAUUAGAGAGAAUUCCAUUUAAUAGGUGA